GACAUAUGCCGUGUUGAUUAUAUAAAAAAAUUCUUGAUAAAAUACGCCAUGGUAUGUUUUAGAAAUUGCACAAAUAAUUCAAGAAAUGUUAGCAAAUACCAAGGAAUAACUUUUCAUCGGUUUCCACGCCCAAGCCAUGAAAACAGGGAAAAAUGGACUAAAUUCAUCAAUUUUUUAACUCUCGCGUGCCCAGCAUUUAUGAACGACUCUUAUUCUAAUCUAAAUAAAUAUAUUUGUAAAUUAUAUGUUAUAUCAAUAAGUUUUGUUACAAAUACAUUAAGUCUGUUUUUUUUAAAUAUUUUACAUAGUUACCUUUUAAAAUAUUUAAAUAAAAAUAUCAUUUAAAUGUAAUUCAGAAAUCAGCAGUACAAUGCGAAAACGUAAUUAUAUUAUUAUAUAACAUUGCUUGGAUUUUAGAUUUAUUUUGUGAUUAGACGACGAAUGAAUUUUUUUAAUGUUCAGUAUAUUUACGGGACUUCAGAGACGUGGAACCCUCGGCGCGCGAGUCACACUAGUAUAUGACGGUUUUUUAAUACUGUAACGCUAGAAGUCUUACAGGCUUCCCAAAUAAUUAGUAUCUUUUUUUUUCAGCCAACAAAUGUGGUGAACAGGAAGUAUCAGAACUGUUGUCUGAAUCAAUAAGCAGUUCAAAUUCAAUUUUUGAUAGUCCGAGCAAAAUUGUACUUACAAAUAAAUUACGCAAGUGAUGUCUCCUAAGCCUAAUUUGAGUGAUGUAUACGAAGCCUAAGUUUUUAAAUAUAGUUCUACCUUAGUAACGGAAUCAAUAAUUCUAGGUCAUUAUAAAAAUAAUAAAAUAUGAGCACGUUGUAAUAUUGUGUAUGUAUUUAAUAGCAAGGAAUCUGCAGCUAGAAAGAAACUUACUGAGAAAUUUAAGAAAAUACAAAGCCAAAAUAUUUACCUAAAGAAAAAAUGCGCUUCUUACAAAUCAAUUGGACAAAAUUUUAAACAUAAAUUCGGUCUAAACUAUAUGCUGAGAUUGAUUUAAUGGCUAAAGCAGAAGUUGUGGAGUUAGAUGAAUCUUAUAUGAAUGAAAAAGAAUAAACAGAGCACGCAUUAUUUAUUAAUACACUGCAUGCACCUUAACGUAAAUUCGCAUUGAUUUUACACUAUUAUUCACCAGUUGCGUAUACGUUAGAGAAUUCUAGAAAAGUAAUAAUAAUGAUCUUUGAGAAUAAAUUCAUAUUUUUAUAUUUUACAUAUUUACCUUUUAAUGUAUUAAAUAAAAUAUCAUUAAAAUGUAAUUCUGUCAUAAUAUUAUGUUAUACGAGGGCGGCACUGAAAAUUUCGGGAAUCAAGGAAGUGACACAACAUUACUAUUUAAAAAUGUAUUUAUUGCUUUUCGAAGUAUUCUCCGCGAAAUUUGACACAUUUUCCAUACGAUGGAACCAAUCAUUGAAGCAACCAUUCCAUUCGGAAGUUGGGGUCUCCAAAAUGGACGUUUUGUAGGCGUCCACAGCUUCUUCGGGUGAUGAAAAUCUCUGUCCACGGAAUUUAUUCUUUAUUUUAGGGAAAGUAUAGAAAUCAUUAGGGCUUAGGUCGGGGCUGUACGGCGGAUGGUCUAAUAAUUCUCUGUUUUCUUGCUCUAAAAACUUUUGUUCUGUGUGCGGAGUGAGAACUCGCAUUGUCGUGAUGGAGGAUGAUGCGGUGGUUGCAGUUCUCUUUACGGAGUUCAGAAACGGCCUGUGGCAAACAAAUGCUAGCAUACCAUUCUGCAUUAACCGUUCUUUGUACCUCAAGAGGAAUAGUCGUAAUAUGGCCGGUUUUGGAGACAAACGUGGCCACCAUUUCUUUUGCAACACUCCGUGAACGAACAAUUUUUGUUGGCUUUAACUCAUUUUCGAACACCCAAACUCGUGACUGGUUUUUUGUUUCGGGUUCGUACGCGUAUAUCCAGGAUUCGUCACCUGAUACGAUGUUGUAUACAGCAUUUGAGGAUCUUGCGUGGAAUAUUUCGAGAGUUCUGACGCACCAAGUAACGCGAGCCGCUUUUUGCUCUUCACAGAGCGAAUGCGGUAUCCAUCGGGAAAACAACUUUUUUACACCUAAUUGUUCAUGCAAGAUUAUUUGUAUUUAUUUCAUGCCAAUGUCUAAAGUUGCCUGAAUUUCGCGGUAUGUCACAUGUCGAUCGUCCUCAAUCAACUUACGCACAGCAUCAACGUUUUCUUGGGUGACUGCAGUUUUUGGACGACCUUGACGGGGAUCAUCACUGAGCUUGACACGUCCACGUUGAAAUUCAGCAAACCAGCGAUAAAUUGUGGUUUUGGAUGGGGCUUCAUCACCAAAUGCAGAAAUCAUCCGGUCAACACACUGUUUUUUUGUUAAACCACUUCGGAAGUCAUAACAAAUCAUCGCUCUUGAAUUUUCUCGAGUCAAUUCCAUUUUCUCAACGACUAAACAAGUUUGACAAAACCUUGUGAUAAGACCGAGAAUCUUUUUUUAAAUAAAUAAAUGGUAUUCGAUUUAUAAAACCAAGGACUUCAAUUAAAAAAAAAAAUUAAUAUGACAGGAACAGUGGAAAUAUUCCAUUCCCGAUACUUUUAGUGCAGCCCUCGUAUUAUAUUAAAUUAACACAUAAAUGCAAAAUAAAUAACAAAAGAAUUGUACUCGAUAUAAUUUACAAUACAAUCUAAAUAAACAAUUACUUGUUACAUACUGAUCAUUCUACCUACGUAUAAUCUAUGAUAAGAAAAACCGCGUAUGCGCGACUUUACUAUUUACCGCGCAUGCGCGAAUACAUAGAGUAGCGCACAUUUUUUGUUUGAAAUAGCUUCUCUAGUACGUAGUACAUUAUAACUCAAUGGGUUAGGGAGAGAUUUCUCUCUUCCCUCGAGAAACCGGGAGGCGAUGCGGGCGGUAUCAAGGGGCACCGGCUUCUGCAUUUGAGCUCGAAACGGUCCUUCACGGGGUCCCAGUCGCCUCAGAUGACCCGAGCGCUGACCGGCAUUAGUCCGUUCGCAGAAACAACUACAAGAAUAAUUUCGGUCGGCAGACCACCCAAUAUGUCAGUCGGUCACCUCGUGAGCAGGUACAGAUAUUUUGUUUGCUUAUCUGUUUCUGCUUUCAUAUUCAUAUGAAGCAAAGAAAUAUUUGUUUACUUAUCAGUUCUCGCCAUACGGUUUUUAGUGGACCCGAACGGAUAUAGUAACGCACGGACGUCCGCGUUCGUGCUUGCUCAAAUUGUAGAUAUCGAACUUAAUUCAUAGUUUUUGGCAUUUUGGUAUUAAUAGACGAAGACCAUAAACUACAUCCAUAUAAUUAAAUUUAGAAAGAAUUGACAGACAGACACACAGUCUGAUUCGAAUAUCUGUAAUCAGAAAAUUUCUAAUUUGAUACAGGACUUGGACCAGGAAUCAAUUUUUAGCAGUAUUAAGUAUGUGAUUCUCGAAGCGCACUUUACGUAACUCGCAAUUUAUAUUUCCACAAGCAGACAUAAAUUGCGAGUUUCAGUCACACGUUCAAUUUGUUCCCCUUUUAUGGUGACCUUUAUGGAAACCGAUGAUUCGCAAUGUUUUAUAUUUGUUUAGCCGUUCAAAGAAUCAUAUUAUACUUUGACCACAUGAGUAAAGAAACCGUACCGUACAGAGGCAAAGCUUCAUACAACCGCGCUGUACACUACUACAAGCUUGAUGUGCGUGAGCACAGGCGGCUCGUCACGCACAGAGAGAAACUGCUUUGAACCGACUCGGCCCGUGCUCAAACUAAGGGUUGUGUAAAAAAUAAUGUGUCAAAUUUUGUUUUAUAAGUAUAAUUCGUAUCAAAUGAAACAUAAAAAAGUGCAAAUAUGGUACCUACGUAGAUUUAAAAGUAAGGAAUAAUCGAUUGGGUUGAUCAAUAUAGCAAUUACUAUUAAAGGCUUUAAAUCACAAAAUGUUGAGAAUCUGGCUUCAACACAAUUC